CCCCGGCCCCGCGCGCCGCCCGCCGCCGCCCGGCUGCCCGCCUCCGCGCCGCUCUUCAUGCUGGACCUCUACCACGCCAUGGCCAGCUAUGACGACGACGGCGGCGGGCGCCCGGAGCGGGACCUCAGCCGCGCCGACCUGGUCAUGAGCUUCGUCAACAUGGUGGAGCGCGACCACACUCUGGCCCACCAGGAGCCCUACUGGAAGGAGUUCUGGUUUGACCUGACCCAGAUCCCAGCGGGGGAGGUGGUCACGGCUGCUGAGUUCCGGAUUUAUAAGGUGCCGAGCGCCCACCAGGUCAACAGGACCCUCCACGUCAGCAUGUUGGAGGUGGUCAAGGAGCAGUCCAACAGGGAGUCUGACUUGUUCUUUUUGGAUCUUCAGACGCUCCGAGCUGGGAACGAGGGCUGGCUGGUGUUGGACGUCACAGCAGCCAGUGACCGCUGGUUGUUGAACCAUAACAAGGACCUCGGACUCCGCCUCUAUGUGGAAACGGAGGAUGGACACAGCGUGGACCCUGGCCUGGCCGGUCUGCUGGGGCACCGAGCGCCGCGCCCCAGACAGCCCUUCGUGGUCACUUUCUUCAGGGCGAGCCCGAGUCCCGUCCGAGCCCCGCGGGCAGUGAGGCCACUAAAGAGGAGGCUGCUGAAGAAAACCAAUGAGCUGCCACAGCCACACAGGCUCCCGGGCAUCUUUGAUGACGUCCACGGCUCCGUCGGGCGGCAGGUGUGCCAGCGGCACGAGCUCUACGUCAGCUUCCAGGACCUCGGCUGGCUGGAUUGGGUCAUUGCCCCGCAAGGCUACUCGGCCUAUUAUUGUGAGGGGGAGUGCUCCUUCCCACUGGACUCCUGCAUGAAUGCCACCAACCACGCCAUCCUGCAGUCCCUGGUGCACCUGAUGAAGCCUGACGCUGUCCCCAAGGCAUGCUGCGCGCCCACCAAGCUGAGCGCCACCUCCGUGCUCUACUACGACAGCAGCAACAAUGUCAUCCUGCGCAAGCACCGCAACAUGGUGGUCAAGGCCUGUGGCUGCCACUGA